CGAUUCCCGGCGUCCCUUGCGUCAUUCUGUCAACAUGGCGUCUGGUUGCCGGACAAAAGGCAAAUCUGUCUGACGGUGGAUUGAAACCCAAUUAGAGACGGAGGAGACAUUUUGGGAAAACUGUCAGUGUUCGUGUGUCCCUGUGCUCCCGGGCAGUAGAUAUAUGGUCGAACGAACGUCCGUGGAGGCUCUUAGACUGGAAUAUUAAGCAUGUUCCAACAGUGCGAGGAGCCUCGAUUUACCAUCGAGCAGAUUGACCUCCUCCAGAGGCUACGGAGGACAGGGAUCACCCACACAGAGGUCCUGCAUGCUCUGGAUGCCCUGGACCACCUCGACCGGCAGCAUGGACACAAGCUGACCCACAAACCGUCCUACGUACCGCCGUCGUCUUCCAUGUCCUCCACCGCCGCCGCCGCCACCUCCUCCAUGACCUCCACCGCCACCCAGACGACUUUCCCUGAAACCCAGUUCUCCCUGUCGCCCAGUAACAACUUUGACACCACCUCGCCUCCCCUGCCAGUUCCAGUCGCCUCUCCUGUUGUCAUGGCGGCGGUGGCUCAGAACGGUCUGGUUGCAGUGACCAACGGGAAACUGUCGCCUCCCCGGUUUCCACUGGGUGUGGUUAGCGGCACUGUGACAGGACCUGGCUACGGGUUUGAGGCCACUGAGGAGGACAUUGAUGUUGACGAGAAGGUGGAGGACUUAAUGAGAAGAGACAGCGCUGUGAUCAAAGAGGAGAUUAAGUCAUUUCUGGCAAACCGACGGAUCUCGCAGGCUGUGGUUGCUCAGGUAACAGGGAUCAGCCAGAGUCGGAUCUCCCACUGGCUCCUCCAGCAGGGAUCGGACCUCAGCGAGCAGAAGAAGCGAGCCUUCUUCCGCUGGUACCAGCUGGAGAAGAACAACCCGGGUGCCACUCUGGCGAUGCGAGCUGCCCCGCUGGCUCUGGAGGACAUGAUGGACUGGCAACAAGCUCCUCCCCCGUUUACCUCGGCACCCGGAGGGUUCCGACUUCGACGGGGCAGUAGGUUCACCUGGAGGAAGGAGUGUCUGGCUGUUAUGGAGAGCUACUUCAGUGAUAACCAGUACCCCGAUGAAGCGAAGAGAGAAGAGAUUGCCACUGCCUGCAACGCUGUCAUUCAGAAGCCAGGAAAGAAGCUAUCUGAUUUGGAGAGGGUGACGUCUCUAAAGGUCUACAACUGGUUCGCCAACCGUCGCAAAGACAUCAAGAGACGCGCUAACAUUGAAGCAGCCAUCUUGGAGAGUCACGGCAUCGAGGUUCAGAGUCCAGGAGGUCAGUCCAACAGCGACGAGGUGGAUGGAAACGACUUUCCUGACCAGGGUUGUGAUGUGUCUUUAUUUGACAAGAGAGCGUCAGCCCGGCAGUUUGGUUUCAGUCGAGCUGAUCUCUCCUCUCCAACCCAGGUUCCCACACUGCUGCCCAGCUGGUUUUCUGCCCUGGGAAAAGGAGGCUUGGCUGGGCAGAGGGGAGUGUCUCUGAUCGGCCGCUCUCUGGUGACGGGAGCGGGCGCUCAGGUAGAAGGCGCUUCGAGGUUGACGGGCGUGUCCUGGUCUCCACCCUCUCCAUCUCUACAGGACGAACCAGCCAUUAACAACGUGCUGUCCGAGCCCCAGGACCCAAUCAGCGUGGAGAAGACGGGGGCCAGUCAUGGCAACCAGGCCUCAACCACUCAGGGGGAGGGGGCAAGGUGCAGUAUGGGAAAUGACAUCAAAACCGAAACGGCCGAGGAAGACUGAAGGGGGUGGCGGAUGAUGAAUAGAACAGGUGUGUUGAUAUGCAAGCAGAUUUUAUAGGAAUGUAAUAAGUGUGAAAAAGACCAAAUGUCCUAUAAACUCCAACCCUGAGAUACCUCCCAACCCUACCUCCAACCACCAACCUGCUCUGCUACACUCUUUUAGGCGCUUCUAGUGUAUUAUAACAAUGGUAAUAAUUAUAAACCUCUGUUCAAGUCCUUCUCAGCAGACUGUGGACAGUUUAGAAUGCCUAAAAAAAUCUAUCAAAUUCAAAUAAUCAAUGGAUUACAUAAUAACAUCAUCAGUCAUGUAUUGUUUUGGGAUAAUGUCUUUUUUAUUAAGGCAUUUUGCAUCUUCCAUAGGUGAUUGCGUGUCAGGACAUGAUGCAUUGUGCAGAUUUCCACAGCAGGACAACACUGUAUUUGACAAAGGGUUCAAACAGUUUCAGGGUCUUGCACUGUGAUCACAACUGAACAGCCUCAAAAAUGCGAAAGAUGAAUUUGAAAGGUUUUAGUUAAUUUUAUUAUUUUUUUAAAUGAUGUAGCACACAAAUAACAAUCGGUUAUAUUUCAAAUUGACGCUGUUUCUUUCUUUCUGAGGAAAACAGCAGAAUAAGCUUAGUAAUAAUGUAGAUAAUGUUUCUGUGAGAAUCUAUCUAUCUAUCUAUCUAUCUAUCUAUCUAUCUAUCUAUCUAUCUAUCUAUCUAUCUAUCUAUCUAUCGCACCCCUGAUUUAAAUAAGCUCAGAAUAUGGAAGCAAAAAGAAGUCACAUAUAUUUGAACUGUGUAAACAACCCUUGACAUAUAAUCACAUUAAUUUUUUAAAUUUAAAGACCACAAACGUAACUCCCAUAAACUUCUAUUUGCUUCCAUAUCACAAAGAUAUAAUUUCAAAAAAGUAUAUCAGAUGUUUACUCGAGACAUAAAUGUCUCCUGUAGCUGAAACUGUUGUCAGAUUUAAAUGGAAAAAAGAAAGAGUUGACCAGGGGACUGGAUGUUACUGUACGUAUUCAUGUCCGGUUGCACAACGGAUGAAAUUAAUAAUCACUGUGAGAUCGUUUGGAAUCAAUACAGAUCGGUCGGUUAAAAGGGGAUUUAGCUGUGACAUGAGCUGUUUUAGAAACUACAGAUUAAAGUGAAAGUGAUUACAUGCAUACAUAUUUUACAUGUGUAUGUAUGGUUGCAGUAUACACUUUAUAUAUACUGUGAGGGUAUAAGGACCCUGUCUACUUCUAUUUACAGUAUAUACACAUAUUAGCUUCUAAUGAAAGAAAUUAAGAGUUUUUGUUGGUGGUGAAAGGCGAGUGGAGCAAUAGCCAAAGUAUUAAGUUUAAACCUUCAUGUAUUUUUUGGGUGCAGGAUAGUCAUGGAGGAAAUCCAGUGUGUGUUAGACAGAUCCUCAUCAAAGACGCAUCAAAUGUGUCAAACUGUGGCAAGAUAACUGUGUAUUUUCCCUUUUUAGAUAUAUGUGUUUGUGCUUUAUAUGCCAUGUGUUCUAAACACACAAUGUCACAUUUUAAUGGUCAGUUCAUUUGAAAUGACACCAUGGUGAUAGAUUCUCAGCUGUUUAAACAUUUCAUGGAUCAGUGUGAGUGACAGAGGAGGAAAAAAAAAAGAUUUAGGAAACAAGCGGUUAAAGUUUAUAUUUAGCGUUGGAGUUUUAAUUCUUUUUCAAAUUAUAUCAUAGACAUACUUUAAGUUGGUUGACAGAUAAAAAUAUAAUCAAAGCUAUACUUAUCUCAGUAUAGCCAUUGUCGAAGUCCAACAGUUUUCUGUAUUAGUGUUAGUCAGGUUUCCACUCACUCCAGUAAAACUAAAUCAAGUGUAUCGUACCAAGUUUAUUGGGAACAUCCCCCACAUGAAACUACAGCAUGUGUUCUAUGUAUUUUCUCCAAAAUGCUUUUAGAUUGGGUGAAGCUGGAGAUGUUGCUUUGACACAGGUCAGCAUAGCAGCUGUGGACAUUGACCAGCCAUCUCACUGCACAUGACUUACAUGUUACAGAACAACUGCCUGAGUCCACAGACACAAGACGAGUGUUGAAGUCAUGUUUGGGACACAUGACAACUAUAAGUGCAAUAUUCUCUCUUUAGCUUUAAACCUUUACUGUGUUUACUAGCUGAUCAAAUCCCUUUAUUCUUCUUCAGCCCAUCACUGCUCAGUGAGUUAUACAGGAGGAUGGUAAACGCAAACUUGCAUUAAUACUGUAACCCAACAGACCAGAUUUAGUACAUCAGCUUGGAUCCAGCUGCACAGAAUCAUAUCACAAAUUAGGUUUAGGGUUUUUUAGUACAUGGUCUGUGUUGUAUUUAAUUUAAAGUGCCUUAUUUUUUGCCAUGUCCUAACAUGGGCUCAGUGAAUGAAGGAGGACUUCUACAAUGGCUUCAUAUCCCUCACCUCCCAUUACUAAUGCGAGAAAGCUCAACAUGUAAUGUUGUUACCAGCCAACACUAAAGUGGCUUCAUUUCACCCGGUUCCUCAUUGCUCUUCACCAGGUGCUUUACAAGCUAAACUACUAGUUCAGAGCUAAAGACUCAACAUAGAUACCUCACUACACCCCUCAGCUACAAUAUAAGCUACACCUCCAUAGCUGCUUCAAUGUGAAGCUAAGUUUCGACUGUUGAAAAUAAUGGCAGAGCUAACGGCGUGACAUGAGACUGACAGCAGACUGUGACGUAAAGGUGGUCUGUGCUGGCUCAUUUGAAACGUCAGUGUCCUCCUUUUAAAAAGGGAAAUUUCUUUUUAAACUCGAGCUGAUAAGUGUUAAGUCGGAAAGUUAAGGGAAAUUCCACUGCAGAAGAAAACAUUAUCCAUUUAUAAUCCUGUGCCUCCACCAGAGUCCAUGCAGUAGUUGUAACACAGUUUCCUCCUCAUCCUGGUGGAAUAUGUCACUUCUGGAUUCUGUUAAUGUUGUGAUGUCUCUGUUAAUUGUAAGACAGCAGAGCUGUCCUGUCUUUGCUUUAAGCAUUUAUUAUACUCUGAGGCUAUUGUUUGAUUUAUUUACACCAAAAUAUCAAAGUAUGCUACCCCACUGUGGGUUAGGUUAGUUUUCUUUUUCAUCUGCUAAGCAGAGGCCUUUCUGAAGUGAAUCCAUGGAUUCAUUUAAGACAAUGUGCUGUUUUGAGAUUAUUUCAUGAUUUAAAAUCAUUUAAGUUGCUUUGCUGAAACAGGAAAUUGAUUGUUUGCUUGUGUUAUUUUAAAUCAAAACUUUAAAAGCAAAAAAAAAAAUUGUAAAUGCACAUUAAUAAUAGACAUAACUGUAACAUGUUAAAUGAAAAGUGUGAGGUUGCUGCUUUGUUGUGCAUUGUCCGUAGGCGCCUGUUUCUUUCUAAAGGUUUAAUUGUGUGGAGAUGCUAAAAAAAUAAAUACUGCAAAAAAGUUUUACUGCUUGGCAGAGUGGAAAGUAUUAAUGAUAAAUAAAAUGCUCCCUAUAGCUCUACCACACUUUAAUGGUAGCUGUCUGGAAAACAGAUAAUAGAAUUUAACAUUAUAUGAAACCAUUAAUUCAAAUGUAUUUUUCCAUUUACAAAAUGUCUACAUGUGGAUAGAAACUAAAAGUUUCAAUCUGUAUGCGUUGUAUAAUGUUCCUGUUUAAACAGAGUGGACCUACUUCUCACGUAAUUGCUCAUUUUUACCCUGCAGAUGAAGAUUUAAAUUAGAAAUAUAAGCUAAAAACAGUCCUAAUGUGUCUGACGUGAAUCUUGUUUGUCAGAAACUGAAGGACAAAGUUAAAACAGGGUCAAAAGUUGAUCGUUCGCCAAAAAUAGACCAGAAGCAUUGACUGCAGUUUCAGGAAUUUCAUUCCUAUUGAUUGGGGUUUGUAUUUUGACAUUUCAUUGCUUUUAGUUGAGGAAAGUUUUAAACUGCCUGAAAUAAUGAACUAUAAUGAACAACAGAACUAGAGCUACAAUUACACCACGUUUCCUAAAAGUUAAAAUGCAGUUUAACCUCUGUUAACCAGUCUGUUCCUCUGAGCUUCCUUGGUUGGUUCAUAGCUGCUGAUGAUUUAGCUCAGACCCUCUUUUAUACUUGGCACUUAUAAAUGUAAAUAGGUUUCUUGAGACCUGACCUGAGAUCUGCUUUCUAGACAAGUGAGCGUGGGGAAACUGGUGUCAUUGUAGUUUGUUAGUUCAUCCAUCAGGACUGAAUGUAAACACAGUGCUGUUCUCCUCAUCUUGUUUGGGUCAAUAUUGUGAAACCAUGAGAUGCAGCGUGACAUUUACGUUACGUUUUGUUCCAAACUGCUUUUUUUUUUUUGCAUGGAGGAAAAGGACAUCCAUCAUCCAUAUGAUCUGAAUAAAAUGUAAAUGUCUCUGUCCUGGUUCAGUCCCAGUGACUGGAACUCACCUUAAAGUGUACCAUUCUACACAUCAGAUAUGUUUGCAGUUUUAUUUGGGCAAUAAACUACAAAAUAUCACUAAGAUAAAAAUUGUUAAACCUCAGCAGGAUGUGUAUUGUCACUUUGAAUUUGUAUCUUUUAAUCCCCCAUUAUUUCUAUUUCAAGAUUUAGUGCCUUUUUUGGACAGUAGACUGUUCUGUAAACGCUGUGUAGAAAAUCUACAUAUGCAUUUUGUUACUUUUUCAUCUGUUGGAUAAACUUUAUUUGUUACUUUUGAGGUGUGUUUUUAUUGAUAUUCUAUUUACAAGGGAAUAAAAACUGAUCAGAGUCCA